CUCCGUGCUUACCUACACAUGAAACACACACGUGCGUAUCUGUAUUUGCAGACUAUACUUCCAUUAAUACUGAAAACGAUCUUCUCCGAAUUUCAGCUCCGUCGGUACUAAGACUUGUUACAUUUAAGUUUCUUCAUAGCCGUUUCAAUCUGUUUUGCCGUUUCGGAAAAAAUGGAAAAGAAAAGUUAUGGCGAUCGAUUUGAAACCAACACCUCGGCCCCCCCACCCCCCACUACCUUUUUUUAAAAACAAACACUAAAAUCCAUUUUUUGUUUUUCAAUAUCAAAAAAAAAUACACUCAACUGCUAUAUACACACUGCACUGUGUGUGUACGAGAGAGAGAUAGAGAGAGAGGAGAGAGAGAGAGAUCUAAUUAUGGGGAGUUACAGAGUGUGUAUGUGCUUCACGCGGAAGUUCAGGGUGACGGAGGCGGAGCCGCCGGAUGACGUGAAGGAGGCGUUCGGUAAGUACGCCGACGGUGGGACCCACAUGACGGCGGAUCAUCUGCGGAGGUUCCUGGUCGAGGCUCAGGGCGAAUCGGACGACGCCGCCGCCGCCGCGGCGGAGGACGUGUUGCAGCAGAUCCUCCAGAAACGACACCACAUUACCAAGUUUGCGCGCCACGCGCUAACCCUCGAAGAUUUCCACCACUACCUCUUCUCCGCCGACCUUAAUCCCCCAAUCCACUAUAAGGUUCACCAAGAUAUGGAAGCUCCGUUGUCUCAUUAUUACAUAUUCACGGGGCAUAACUCUUACCUGACCGGAAAUCAGCUUACAAGCGACUGCAGCGAUGUACCGGUUAUAAAGGCACUGAAGAAGGGAGUGAGGGUAAUAGAGCUCGAUAUCUGGCCUAAUUCUACAAAGGACGAUGUGCAUGUUCUUCAUGGAAGAACUGUGACAACACCAGUGGAACUCAUAAGAUGCUUAAAAUCAAUAAAGGAGCACGCCUUUUCCGCUUCUCCGUACCCUGUCAUAAUAACACUCGAAGAUCACCUAAACUCCGGCCUACAAGCUAAAGUCGCUCAGAUGCUCUCCCAAGUAUUUGGCAAGAUGCUUUUCUACCCCGAAUCGGAUUGCUUAAAAGAAUUUCCUUCACCGGAAGAGUUGAAAUACCGCGUAAUUAUUUCCACAAAACCUCCAAGGGAGUACCUCGAAGCCCAGUCAAUUAAGGAUACCGAGAAUAUUCAUAUAAAGCGGAAAGACUUCAAUGAAGAUGUGUGGGGAAACGAGCCUUCAAGCCUUACUGCUGAUCAAGACGACGAAGAUACAACGUCGGAUAAUGAGCUUACGGAUCUGAACGAAAACAAUGAAGAAGAUUCUGAUACUGAAGCACCUGAAUACAAACGACUUAUAGCUAUUCAUGCGGGAAAACCGAAAGGCGGGAUUAUGGAAGCUCUUAAAGUAGAACCAGAUAAAGUGAGGCGAUUAAGUCUUAGUGAGCAAGCUCUUGAAAAGGCUGCUCAAUCUCACGGAACACACAUUGUCAGGUUCACACAGAAGAAUAUUCUUAGAGUAUAUCCUAAGGGAACUCGGUUUAACUCGUCAAACUACAAGCCGCAAGUUGGUUGGUUGCACGGAGCCCAAAUGGUUGCAUUCAAUAUGCAGGGUUACGGUAGAUAUCUGUGGUUGAUGCAAGGAAUGUUCAGAUCAAACGGAGGCUGCGGUUAUGUGAAGAAGCCCGAUUUUCUUAUGAACAUUGAUUCAAAUAACAAAGUCUUCGAUCCUAAAACGAAGUCACUAGUCAAAAAAACUCUAAAGGUUAAAGUAUACAUGGGCGACGGAUGGCAUAUGGCUUUUAAGCAAACUCACUUCGAUUCAUAUUCACCGCCCGAUUUCUACACGAGGGUUGGCAUAGCUGGUGCACCGGCAGAUGAAAUAAUGAAAAAGACGAAGAAAAAAGAGGAUGAUUGGACUCCUGUUUGGGGUGAAGAGUUUACAUUCCCAUUGACUGUGCCUGAGUUGGCUUUAUUACGAAUUGAAGUGCACGAGUAUGAUAUGUCCGAAAAGGAUGAUUUUGCAGGCCAAACAUGCCUUCCCGUUUCGGAGUUGAAGUCGGGAAUACGUGCGGUUCCUCUUUUUGACCGUAAAGGAGAGAAGCUGAAUUCUGUUAGGCUUCUUAUGCGGUUCGAGAUUUUAUGAAUAUAUAAUAUUGUAUUCUUGCUGUUUUAGUAAUUAUGGUUGUGAUGGAGAGGCUUUGUGAUUUGUUCUUGCAGGCUUUCUUUGGGAGAACGAGUGUUUUUUUUUUUCUUUCCAUUUUUCUUUCUUGCAUUUAAAUCCUGGUUUUGGGUUUGGUGCUUUGUUUAUAUAAUAUACAGAAAAUUAAAUGCAGGUUAUUUAUGAGUAAAAUGAAGUGUUGUCCA